CCGGCGUCCAACCAAAUGAGUUCACGUUUUCGAGCACAUUGAAGGCUUGCAAAGGAAUGAAGUCACCUUCUUGUGGCGCUUUAGUUCAUGGGUUGGCACUCAAGCACGGCAAUCAUGGAAGCUUGUACGUUGCCAAUGCACUCUUGGACAUCUACUCUACGCUGUUUACAACCAUGGAUGAGGCAUGUGAGCUGUUUAGUGAAAUCAGUGAGAAAAAUGACGUGACAUGGACAACAAUGAUUGCCGGAUACACUCACCGUGGCUAUGGUUAUUGUGGCCUUCAAACUUUUAAGCAAAUGAUAUUGGAGGGGGUUAUGCCAAAUGCAUUUACUUUUUCAAUAGCUAUAAGUGCCAGCACUUCAAUCAGCCCAUGCUCAUGUGGAAAACAUCUCCAUGCCGCAGUAAUCAAACAUGGAUUUGAUUUUAACGUGCCAGUUAUGAACUCCAUUUUAGACAUGUACUGCAGGGGAAACAACUUAAACGAAGCGAACCACUGUUUCCAUUACAUGCCUCAAAGAGAUAUAAUCACCUGGAACACUCUGAUAGCCGGGUAUGAGAAAUCCUAUCCGAAGGAGUCCAUCAAAUUGUAUUCUUGUUUGGAAUCAGAAGCUCCAAGCCCCAAUGCCUUCACAUUUUCCAGCAUUGUAGCUGCAGUUUCUAAUUUGGCAGCACUUAGUUGCGGUGAACAAGUACAUGGGAGGAUAAUACAUAGAGGCCUUGUUUCGAAUUUGGAACUGGAUAAUGCUUUGAUAGACAUGUAUGCAAAAUGUGGGAAUGUUUUGAGUUCCCGAAGAAUUUUUAAUGAAAUGCCAAGUAGAAAUCUGGUUUCAUGGACAUCAAUGAUGAUUGGCUAUGGACGGAACGGAUAUGGAAAACAAGCCAUUGAGUUGUUUGACAAAAUGCUUAGUUCUAGUCUUACACCAGAUAGGAUUGCUUUCAUGGCAGUUUUAAAUGCAUGCAGUCAUGCCGGGUUUGUGGAUGAAGGAUUAGAGUAUUUUAACUCAAUGGUUGACGAUUAUAAAAUUGUCCCUGAUCAGGAAACCUAUGGCUGUGUUGUAGACCUGCUAGGGCGUGCUGGAAGAGUUAAGGAAGCUUAUGAGCUUAUAGAAAAAAUGCCAUUUGCCGCGGACGAGUCAGUCUGGGGAGCAUAUCUUGGAGCAUGUCUUGCUCAUAAGCUUCCGGAUUUGGGCACCUUGGCAGUAAAGAAAGUGCUUUGUUUGAAUCCAAAAAUUGCCGGGACUUAUUUGAUGCUCUCAAAGAUUUAUGCAGCCAAUGGUAAGUGGAAAGAUUAUGUGAAGAUGAGGAACAUGAUGAGAAACUUGUCAAACAAGAAAGAAGUGGGAAGGAGUUGGGUUGAGGUAAGGAGUGAAAUAUGUGAUUUCGUUGCUGGAGGUAACUCAAGGUUCAGUUCACAAAUAUCGGGAUAAUUGAAAUCGGUUUGCACAAUAUGGAGACUGGUAAGAUCUCAGAGUUCUCAUAUUUCAUUUUGUGAAGUCAUCCCACACAUGCAAAAUAUAAUUAUAUAAGCUAAGGUCUUCCUUCAACAACACUACCUCAGUGCUACAAAGGCUCCCUCCCACCUACGGUGGGGUAAGAGGAGUCGUAUGUACGCAACCUAACCUCUUUAAUAAAGCACAAAGAGCGGAUGACCCAUGAUCAAAAUUGCCUCAAAAAAUGCAUGGAGAGAAUAUUGCUUCCAUAGUAGUCGAUGUCGCAAAUGGCGAUCGCCAUUUCUCGCCAUUGGCGAUUCAGGGUGUCAUCGCGACUAUACAUGGCUAUUGCGCAGGGGAUACACAUAGCGUUGCCAUAAGACCGCCAUGGCGCCAUCGUCACUACCUCACUUUAUUGCAAAUUGGGAUGUUGUGGAAGAAAAAUUGGGAUGAAACAACUCACAACACUAGAGCAUUGACAUCAACACUACAUCAGUUACGUGAUGAAGAUGAGAUGAAUACAAUACAAGAUCCUUCUGAUAUUGAAAUGAAUGAGGAAGAAGUUCCUUUCUUAUCGGAGUCAGACGAGGAAGAUGAGUGCGAUGGCUAGAUGUGAACAAAGAGGGGGAUGACUAUGAGUAUUAGUCAACAGAUCAUAAAGAUCAAACUCUAAAUUCAGUUUUUUAAGACAUGAACUAGUUAUGGAUAUUAAGUUGG